AUGAUUUUAGUGGGUCCAUUGGCUUCAUUAUCUGGUGUGAUAGCAUCAUUAGUGGUUCUUUUAAUACAUGCGCAUUGGCAGCAGCUCCAUAAGCCUCAUAUAGCUUUGUUUAAAUUAAUAGUGAUCGGAGCGGUACUGUUUGCGAUUGGUACGUUACCUUGGCAACUUAAUUUUGCUAGUUUAUUUGCGGGUAUAUUCUGUGGAAUUUUCUUAACUAUUGCACUAGUGCCAUUCGUUAGCAUUAAUAAAUAUAAACGCAAAUCAAAGAUAAAUCUUAUAUGGUCCUGCAUAAUUUUUCACAUAUUUGUUUAUACAACAAUGUUGAUUAUUUUCUAUAUGUUUUCCUCGGAACUAACGAAGCUUACCUUUGGCGAGGUUUUUACAAACAGUUUUAACACAGGAGUUACAGGAAGUUCUGGAGGAGGCGGUGGUGCAACCGGGUCUCCCGGUAUUACCACAACAGAUAUUAUGCGAACAGGCAUUUCUAGCAACAACAACAAUAAUAAUAACAACAAUGUUAAUCGUCAUUCAUUUAUGCAGCAACAACCGCUGUAUCAUCAUUAUCAUCAUCUAUCAGAUGACAUAAUAACAAAUAAUGCUGCCGUAGCAGUAGCUGUAGCUACUGCCACCUUAGCUGUAGGCGGUGACGGAACAAACGGCAUUGAAAACGUAGGCAGAGAAGGUAGCCAAGUAGUUAUGAUCAAUUAAGUUAAAUAUAUUUUAUUUUAUCACUGAAUGAUUUCAGUCAACACAAAUAGUUUAACAUAAUAAUAAAUAUAAUACAAAUAAAAAAUAAUAAUAUAAUAUACA